GCCACAACUCAACGCAACUCCAUGCCGGUCGUCGUGGACACCAUCCAGCCGCUGAGCGCCGCUACAGCCGUCGCGCUCAGCUCGAACCCAAGCCUGAAGCCCGACUCGACGACGAGCACGCAACUCGAGCACGCCGUCGCGCAGAAAGUCGCCGCCGAGCAAUUGCGAGCACGCGAAGCCAGCGCGUCGGCCGCCGUGCUGGGCGCGUGCAUGCCCGAGAACCAUUAUCUAAACGGCCAGGACAAGAUGGUGCAGUUCGCGGGGCUCUACGUCGUGCGCGGCCCCACCGAGUCCAAGCACGUGCGCUACACCAUGGACGUCGCCGUGGCCGAGCUGCAGCUGCGCGGCCGCUGCAUCCAGCGCUUCCAGAGCUUCUUCCUGCUGCGUAAGCGCCUCCUCGAGGUUCUCAAGACCUGCCGUGGCCGGCUGCCUGUGCGCCGCAGCACAGUGGUCGGCUACGGCGAUGAACCGCAGAUCUCCGCCGGUGCGGAGCUGGUCGAGAUGCUCACGCGCCCGCGCUGCAUCCAGUGCCCUGAGUGCGAGUCCACGUACCAGCAGCUCGCGGCCGUCAAGUUCCCGCGGCGCACGCUGUUCCCGCCGAGUCUGCAGGACGUCCAGGAGCGGUCGCAGAUGCUCGAGAUCUUCCUCGACUACUGCGUGCGCAUCGCCACGACGUGGCCGGCGUGCAGACGCAGUGAGAGGCUGUUCGUUGCCACGCUGGGCAAGUUUCUCGGCGUGGACCUGCGCGCGCACAUUGCCAGCCAGGAGCUAGGAUCGUUGUCGGAAGCUCACAAGACCGAAGAAGAGAUGAUGGUCUACCUGCCGUCGCCGCACGAAGUGGCCAAAAACUCCAACAACAGCAACGACUAUGAAGAAGACGAAGACGACCGCAACUCGGAGCCAGACUUCUCCUUCAUCUCAGACCCGUCCAAGGAAGGCAACAAGGACGGAAAGUUAGCGCGUUCCCAGUCGCACUGCUAA